UUGGCUGUACCAGAUGUCCCGUUGGAAGAGACACCGAAGGACAAUAGAAACACCGUGCCAAGCCCAACGCCAAUAAAGCUGGAGAAGAGGAGUAGGAAAGUAACUUUCAUCGAAAUUCGACAUCUUCGACACAAUCUUCUCUACAGAUUUAAAUGA